AUGUCGGUUCCGCUGCGGCGGCUCCGCGAGACCGCGCGGCACCUGCUGGUGUGCGAGAAAAGCCACGUGCGGCAUGAGCGCUCCCGGCACGCGGCGCACGUGCGGAGCCACGCCUACAACUGCUGCGUGUCAUUUUUGAUCCCUGAAUGUGGAAUUCUUCCAGAAGCACUGAAAAGUAUUAUCACAGACAUUGGAGAGUAUUAUUUGGUGAAGAAUUUAUCCCUUCAUGAAUUGGUUACGCAUGAAUUUAUCAAUACAUUCGUGAAGAAAGGUUCAUGCUAUGCUCUUACAUACAACACAAAAAUUGAUCAAGAUAAUGCUGCUGCUCUACUACCAACUGGAAAACUAAUUAUAUCAGUAGACAAGGACACAUAUGAGGAGCUUGGACUACAAGGUCGUCCAUCUCAGUAUUCUGGUAAAAAAGUCAUGAGAUAUAUUGUUGCCAUUGACUUGACUGACUCGGCCUUUGAUCCUGAUAGUAAGAAACAUAAAAGAGUGCUUUGGGCCUUGAAAGAGAAGAAACCUUUAGAAUUUGAUUUCCUGCUGUCCUGGUAUAACACAGGUGCAGAAGGAUCAACACUGAUGUCAUACUUUUCCAAAAACCAAAUACAAGCCCAUCAGCCAAAAACAACAUUCAGCACAUUAAGAAAUUUGCAGUGUCCAGUGUUCCAUAGUAAUGAACUGCAAGGAAAGCUGGAAGAGUCAUGCAGUGCACAGGAACUGUUUGAAUGGCUAGGUGCCGUUUGCAACAAAGUUGGUUUAGACAACAAGUCAUUUAGCUUCUUAUCAACCUAUUGCUGUCCUCAGCCCAGCACAGUAGUGGAGCAAGCCUAUUUGUGCACAAUCACUGGCUUUAUAGUCCCAGAGAAGAUAAUUCAGUUAUUGGAACAGCUAUGUUGCUAUUUUGAUGAACCAAAAUUGGCACAGUGGGUGACCUUAACUGUGCAUGGCUUUGCAGACAGCCCUGUUUCCUGGAGAGAAAGUGAACAUGGUUUCCAAAAGGGAGGAGAGAACUUGUACAAUUUUGUUGUUUUUAGGAACCUGGACUAUUGGCUUCAAAUGGCUGUUGGAGCAAAUGAUGAUUGCCCACCUUAAAAGUUCUGCCUAUAGGAAAGUUUCUUAAAAAGAAUUAUCUGAGAUGUGCUUACAAAAAUAUCAGACAAUUAAUUAGCCAUUGAAAGGAUCUAUGUAUAUAGGAAGUUUUUCAUGUUAGCAUCUUAUUGCUUCCACAUGACAACUGGAGAAGUCUUGUUUACUGGAAUGUGUAUUUUUGUCAUAUCUAUUUUUAAUAAAAAGUGAAACAUCUGUUCCUUAGAAAUCUUGUUACAUAUUCUACAAAUGUGUAAUCUUGACAAAAUGAUAAAUGGUUUUCUAAAUCAUGGCCUUCUGUGUUAAAAACAACAACAAACAAACAGCACACCCUCCACUAAUCAGAUACCAGGAACAGAAAUUCCACCUUCCAACUCAGAAAUUAAAGCAGCAACAAGGGGUCUGCAGUCUGGGAAAGUUCUUAGCUCCUAUAAAUAUUGAAUAUGGCUGGCUCACUUGACAGAAGCUUUAUUGGAUGUUUCAUUUUGUUAUCAUAGAA